AUGUUAUUUCUGUUUGCACUGCUCACUGAGCUUGUAUGGCUGAAUGUCUGCCUUGAUUCUGAAAAACUAUUUCUGCAUAUAACAGUUCCACAGAAGAUAAAGUCAAAUGAGAGUGAAAACCCAGAGAAACAAGUGAUUUAUAACAUAACAAUUGAUGAAAAACCACAUACCCUGCUUCUGAAAAAACACUCAUUCCUAUCCAAUAACUUUUUGGUGUAUACAUAUAAUGAAACUGGAUAUUUGCAUUAUGAGUCCAAAUAUUUUAAGAGACAUUGCCAUUACCAAGGUUAUAUUGAAGAUAUCCCAAAUUCACAUGCUUCACUCAACAUCUGUUCUGGACUCAGGGGAUUCAUUCAGUACGAAAAUCUCAGUUACGGAAUUCAACCAUUGGAAUUAUCAGCAAGAUUUGAGCAUAUAAUUUACCAAGUGAGAAUUAAAAAUGCAAAUAGUUCAAUGUUAGCAGAAAAUGACAGCUAUAUACAACAUAAAUAUCAGUCUUCUAAAGUUUUUCUAAAAUCACAGAAAAACAUAUUUUCAAAAUUAUUGCCUCUACAUCUAGAAAUGCAUAUAACAGUGGAAAAAGCUUUGUAUGAGUAUUUGGGAUCAGAAAGUAUGAUUGUCACUCAGAAAAUUAUCCAGAUUUUUGGUCUUGUCAAUACUAUAUUUUCUCAGUUUAAAUUGUCUGUUAUCCUGUCAUCUUUGGAAUUGUGGUCAGAUAAAAACCAAUUAUCUACCAAUGGUGAGCCUGACAAUUUACUGCAAAGAUUUUUGGCUUGGAAAAAUGACUCUCUUAUUCUACCACAACGCGAUAUAACAUUAUUACUUAUUUACAGAAAACAUCCUAAAUAUGUGGGAGCAACAAUUCCUCACUCAAUAUGUAAUAAUAGCUACAAUGCAGAUAUUGCUGUGUAUCCAGAUGCAGUUACAUUGGAGGAAUUUUCAUUUAUUGUAUCUCAACUACUUGGCCUAAAAAUAGGUUUAACAUACAAUGACAAGAAUUGUAUUUUUUCAAGAGCUGUGUGCAUAAUGAAUUAUGAAGCAAUGUAUCUGAGUGGUCUAAAGACUUUUAGCAAUGAUAGUAUGACUGCCUAUAAAUAUUUUAUUUCCAAACUUGAGCCUAAAUGUCUUCAGAAACUUUCAAAGAAUACGUCACUGUAUCAAACUCAUCCAGUUUGUGGUAAUGGGAUUUUAGAACAUAAUGAAGAAUGUGAUUGUGGCAGUAAAGAGGAGUGUCAAUUUAAAAUGUGCUGUGAUUAUAAUACAUGUAAACUAAAAAAUUCAGCAAAAUGUGGAUCUGGACCAUGCUGUACCACCAAAUGUGAGAUAGCUGUAGCAGGCACUGUAUGUAGAAGAAGUAUUGAUGAAGAGUGUGAUUUUACAGAGUAUUGCAAUGGAACUUCUAGUAAUUGUGUACCUGACACUUAUGCAUUGAAUGGCAAGUUAUGCAGCUUAGGAGCUGCAUAUUGUUAUAAUGGACAAUGCCAAACGACUGAUAACCAAUGUACUAUGAUAUUUGGAAAAGGUGUUCAAGGUGCUCCCUAUGCCUGCUUUGAAGAAAUUAAUUUUCAACAAGAUGAAUAUAGAAACUGUGGUUUCAAAAAUUUACAACCAUUACCUUGUAAACAGAAAGAUGUUCUCUGUGGAAAACUUGCUUGUGUUUGGCCGCAUCAGAAUAUUUAUAAAAGUGAUAUUCAAUCUGUACUUUAUUCAUAUACUCAAGAUUAUAUGUGUAUGUCCAUAACUGCUGGGUCAUCACUGAGUGCAGAUGGAAAAGAUUAUGCCUAUGUUGCUGAUGGCACUGUGUGUGGUCCAAAUAUGUACUGUUUAAAUAGAACUUGCAAAGAAGCACAGCUAACAACAUAUAGCUGUAAUGCCACCACAAAAUGCAAAGGCAAUGGAAUAUGUAAUAAUUUAGGUAAUUGUCAUUGCUUUCCUGGCUAUCAACCUCCUUAUUGUGAAUUACAAAUUGAUUCACCAGGUGGAAGUAUUGAUGAUGGAAACAUUCAGAAAUCUGGUAAAUUUUUAAAUAAAGGUAGAGCAUAUCAAAAAAAUUGGCUCAUACUGAGUUUCUAUAUUGUUCUUCCCUUUUUUAUAAUUUUCAUAAUUACAAUUAAA